AACGGAGGUAUUCAUAGAUUUCAUGUGACGUCACACAUUGGCGCGGCCGCCAUUUGUAGGACCGAAUCACAAACACUGUCUAUGAUCGCAAAUGCCAACAUGCCGUCUAUCAGCUGUGCUGUAAGCUGUGACAACAGCAAAUCACAAAGAUAUGAUAAGAAACUAAAAUUCUACAAUAUUCCCAAAAACCCUGAACGUCGUCAUAAAUGGAUUUCUGCUAUCAAGAGGGAUCACUGGACACCUACAGAACACUCCAGACUCUGCAGUGAGCACUUUAUUUCAGGUAUGAAAAGUGAUAAUCCUCUGAACCCUGAUUAUGUGCCAAGUCUGUUUGCCUACCUGUCACCAGAGCAACGACAAAGAAAAAUCAAUUGCUACAAGAAAUUUGAGCAAACACAAGCUGUCAAAAGGAAGAGAAGUUGUACCACCAGUGAUGUGUCAAUGUUACCCCAUGGCAAUGAGAUGGACCACAGUGACAGCUUUCCUGAGAUGGACCACAGUGACCGCUUUCCUGAGAGCGGGAAGAGUGGGGAACACAGCUACUGUAAAGACCCUAUCCAUACGGAGAGCAGUGUAGCAUGCUCCAAUGAAGCCUGUCGAGAAACUAAGAAGAAGCUGAUGGAAGAGUGUACCAGACUGAGGGAAGAGGUCUAUCAACUUAGGGACAGGGUAAGCAAGCUAUCUUUCCAGCAGGAGGUGUUCAAAGACAACGAUGAGAUGGUCCAGGACUUAACUGGACUUCCAUCCUAUUCAAAGAUGAUGGUCGUCUUCACCUUCUUGUCAGGAUUCCUUAAGGGGGGACCUGGGCUGACCCCUUUUCACUGCUUUAUGAGAAUGAGAUUGGAUUUACCACUCCACUUCUUUACAUAUAUAUUUCAUGUAAUAGAGACUGAGUAA